GAUGCCGUUCUGUUUGACAUGGACGGCACGUUGACUGAUUCCAUCGCGGCGGUGGAAGCAGCCUGGGGCAAAGUCGCCCAGGACAUCGGGCAGGACCCAUCACAUGUCAUUGCAUCCACUCAUGGCAAGCGUGCCAUUGACAACCUUGCCCAGUUCAAACCCCACCUCAAGGCUCACGAGAUGGACGACGCCGUGACCGAGUUCGAGGAGACCAUACUUUAUUAUGCCGAUGCUUUUCACCGCCAUCGCUCAGUGCGCAUCCUCCCAGGUAUCCGGAAGUUGCUAGAUUCUAUUCCCGAAGGUCGUUACGCUGUCGCAACGUCUGGUGCCAAAACUUAUGCGUAUGGCUGCAUGACUCGCGUCGGCAUCACACCGCCCAAGGUAACCAUCACCGCGGACGACAAACGCCUCAAGGCUGGCAAGCCUGCCCCCGACCCCUUCCUGCUUGCAGCCGAAUGCCUCGGCUUCGACCCGAAGAGUUGUGUUGUCGUCGAAGACUCGCCUUCCGGCAUCCGUGCAGGUGUUGCAUCUGGCGCGAUUGUCAUCGCCGUGUGUACCAGCCAUGAGAGGGAGGCUAUUGCUGAUUGCGGGGCACACUACGUCGUUGAGGACAUGGAAAAAGUC